CUCUCCUAUCACUAACUGACAGUGACCUCAGUUUCUGCAGUAGCACCACAACUUGGACUGGCAUUGAACGCACAUACACACCCACUUACAUAUUUAUAUAUAUAUAUACACACAGACGUGGACACUCAUAUACAUACGAGCAGCACGAAACAACCAAACGCCGCGCAGAGGCAGAGAUGGCCGGCAUUUUCGGGAAGAUCUUCGUGGGUAUUUAUGUGGAGAUAAAACGGAGCGACGGACGAAUACACCAGGCGAUGGUCACAUCACUGCACGAAGACAACGACAGUGUGACGGUGGAGUGGAUCGAGAACGGGGACACCAAAGGGAAAGAGAUCGACCUGGAGAGCAUCUUUGCUCUGAAUCCAGAUGUUGUUCCCGAUGAGGAGAUUCCACAGAGUCCGGAGGUUCCUCCUCCUUCUAAUGUGGCCAAAACCAGCAAAGUCCCCAAGACCAGACGGACUACAGCAAUACCGAAGCCUGAGAACGCUCCGCGGGAGAACAGAGCUGCAGCUGUGGGAACCACCCGGGCCCGUCCCAGUCAGCAAAGCCAAGCCGCAGAGCCACCUCCGCCCGCUAUUGCAUCCCAGUCUGCACUCAACCAGGCCCUGAUCCAGCAGCAGAACGGUAACACGUCGUCCAUCUGUGUGGCCAAAUGCACGACGGAGAUAGCAAGGAAGAAAUCCAACUGUGUGAAGGAAGUGGAGAAACUGCAGGAAAAACGAGAGAAGAGACGACUUCAGCAGCAAGAGCUCCGAGAGAAGCGAGCACAGGAGGUGGAUGUCAAUUUACCAAACUAUGAAAUCAUGUGUAUGAUCAGAGACUUCAGAGCCAGUCUGGACUACAGGCCUUUAACCACCAAUGAUCUCAUUGAGGAACACAGGAUAUGUGUCUGUGUACGUGCACGUCCCCUCAAUAAAAAGGAGGUAUCGGUGAAGGAUUUGGACGUGAUCACCAUUCCCAGUAAGGAUGUAGUAAUGGUCCAUGAGCCCAAGCAGAAAGUCGACCUGACCCGCUACCUAGAGAACCAAACGUUCCGAUUCGACUACGCCUUUGAUGAGAACUCCACCAAUGAAAUGGUUUACAGGUUCACUGCUCAGCCACUGGUCGAGACCAUUUUUGAGCGGGGGAUGGCGACCUGCUUUGCGUAUGGACAAACUGGAAGUGGGAAAACACACACAAUGGGAGGUGACUUUUCAGGAAAGAACCAGGACUGCUCCAAAGGGAUCUAUGCACUGUCCGCCAGAGAUGUUUUUGUCAUGCUCAAGAAGCCAAAUUACAAGAAGUUGGAUCUGCAGGUCUACGCCACAUUUUUUGAGAUUUACAGCGGGAAGGUGUUUGACCUUCUUAACCGCAAAUCCAAGUUGCGGGUCCUGGAGGACGGGAAGCAGCAGGUGCAGGUGGUGGGGCUGCAGGAGAGGGAUGUGAAGUGCACAGAAGACGUCCUCAAACUCAUUGAAAUGGGAAACAGCUGCAGGACUUCUGGUCAAACCUCAGCGAACGCUCACUCCUCUCGGAGCCACGCAGUGUUUCAGAUCAUCCUGCGUAGACGAGGGAAGAUGCAUGGAAAGUUUUCUCUAAUUGACCUGGCGGGGAAUGAGAGAGGUGCAGACACAUCCAGCGCCGACCGCCAGACUCGCCUCGAAGGAGCUGAGAUCAACAAGAGCCUGCUGGCACUCAAGGAGUGCAUUCGUGCUCUGGGCCGAAACAAACCCCACACUCCUUUCAGAGCCAGCAAGUUGACCCAGGUGCUGAGGGACUCGUUCAUAGGAGAAAACUCCAGAACCUGCAUGAUCGCCACCAUCUCUCCUGGAAUGGCCUCUUGUGAAAACACCCUGAACACGCUAAGAUAUGCCAACAGGGUAAAGGAGUUUGGGAUCAGUCCCUCAGACAUUCCCUUCUCCCAGAGCGGGGGUGGAGGGGGCCGCUCUGAGCUCUCCCCUUCUUAUGAGGUGAAGGAGCUUUCGGUUGACCCAGCAGCAGCGAUGGAGAACCUUCAGGGAGGACUCGUCAACCAGCUGGAGGUGCUGGAGGCUCAGUGGGGAGUCGGCAGCUCUCCACAGAGAGACGAUCUGAAGCUGCUCUGUGAACAGAAUGAAGAAGAGGUUUCCCCGCAGCUCUUCACUUUCCAUGAAGCCGUGUCUCAGCUGGUGGAGAUGGAGGAGCAGGUUCUGGAGGACCAUCGGGCCGUGUUCCAGGAGUCUAUUCGCUGGCUUGAGGAUGAGAAGGUGCUCUUGGAAAUGACAGAGGAGGUGGACUACGAUGUUGAGUCAUACGCAACUCAACUAGAACAAAUCUUGGACCAAAAGAUAGACAUUCUCACUGAGCUGAGAGACAAAGUCAAGUCUUUCCGUUGUACACUCCAGGAAGAGGAGCAGGCUAGCCAACAAAUAACCCCCAAGAGGCCUCGUGCACUAUAGACGCCCACAAAUACGUGAUGUUUCACUGUAAUAUCGACUUGCCUCUGAGGAGCUCAGCUGUGAUUUUAUGACUUAUACUCUGUGUGUUUGGUUCACCCCCCCCGACCUCUCUGCUGUACAGGCUGCCGCCGCUUUCCACCGUCCGUCUGUACGACCAUACAGCAGACUGUCUCUGCUCUCCAUCCUCCUGUGAAAUGUAUCUACCACCUCUCCGUUAUAAGUGCUUUAUUUAAAGAUACAUUUUAAAAAAGGUGAAUAAUUAUUUGUUCUAAAUGAUUUUUUCAUAGAGUAAGUCAUAUCUUAUCUUCACUGUGGCCAAUUUUAUAAACAGCUGUUGCCUUUUUUGUGCAAUAUGUAGAGGCUUCUCCUCCUGUUGUUCCCUGUGUUUCAGCUCAGGGGUGAACAGCAAACGUUCCUUUUUUUGUGUACAUUCAAAAGAGCCACUGUGUGUUUGUGUUGAUACUGUAUACAGGUUUAAAAACACAUAUCUAACCUGACAUUACAUUCAUUGACCUAAUUUGGUCACUAUGUUCACAAAGAAAGCAAUUGAUUUCCGAGUGUUCCAGACAUUUGCCAUAUUAAAGAGAUACAACUUCUUGUU